UUGCCCAGCUAAUUUUUGUGCCGGUUAAACUGGAUGACGCACUAGCAGAUGUAGAGUGGAGACUAAGCGAUGGAGGAACAUUUUGAACAGCAAGGGCCCAGUGUUCCCGCUGCAGCUGGAGCAAAUGCAGCGGGCGAAGGCCCGAUCCAGGCGAGUCACGAGGCAGUGUUCUCUUCACGUUGAGUUCUUGGUGGCUUCGAUCAGUUGAUCGAUUGCACCGGGUCUGCAGAAGUAUGCGAAAGGCCGGUGAAUUUACAUACGAAAUCGUAUUCUAAUGGCUCCAGAGCCUCAACCAAAGCAGCUCUGGUUGUGUUUCUGACACCUAUUUGAAUUUGAAGGAAUGAAGCAUCCGAGCUCCUUAACUCUUAUGUGGUAGACUUCCAGUGGAGAAUCGUCCAACUGUAGAGUGGAGUGGGGAGGACAGGAAAGGCUUAUGAUCUUAUGCAUCUGUAGCUGCUUCUGGAAUGAUGGAUAGUUCGCAGAAAUUCGAUUGACAGACGGACGACAUGCGGGUACAGGGGGGUUUUGUAGUAUCGGCAGCAUUGAGAAUUAGGCAGGUACAGCAGCAGUGAGAUUGAAGUGAGAUUGUGGAGGACAUUUGAGGACAAUCAAAAUGGCACCGAGUAAAAUUGAACCGCGGGUGCACAAACGCGUGCUCUCUGAUCAGCAGCGUCGGCGAGACCUCGCCCUCCAGAGGCAACAGGAGUGUAGAAGGAAUUUGCAGCUCCAUGCACGGCGACUGGCGGCUGGAUUAUCUUCUGGCGGAGAAGAGAAUGAAGGGGGAGACGAAGAUGUUGUUGAAGCAGAGGAGUUUGAGGAAUCAUAUGAAGUGGAAGGAGAAGGAGGAGGAGGUGAGAGCAGUUCGACUAAAGAAGAUCUCAAGGAUUUAGGACUUCGACAAGGGACGAGACUCAAGGGAGCUAAGGCCCGCGAGUGGUUUUCGAAGCAGCUCAUGCUACCUGAAUGGAUGAUUGAUAUUCCGCCCAGACUGAAAACAGAUUGGUAUGUGAUGAGUAGACCAGCUGGGGUUCGCUGCGUUGUUGUUUCAUCUAAUGGCACGACGGUCAGCAGACAACGCAAUGGUCGUGUACUGCAUCACUUUCCCUCUGCACUACCGAAUGGCGCAAGAACAAGAGACGUUUCCUGUGCUUCAAGUGUUUUUUGCAUACUUGACUGCAUCUUUCACGAGCCCGAUAAAACAUAUUAUGUGCUUGACUUAAUGUGCUGGCGCGGAUAUUCCCUGUACGAUUGCAACACGGAGUUCCGAUUUUUUUGGAUGAAUUCCAAGCUUGCUGAAACAGAUGCUCUUAAGCCUGCUUCACAAUACCAUCGAUAUCGAUUCAGUGUUUUGCCAGUGUAUGAGUGUGACGUUGGGGGUCUGCAAGCAGCCUAUUCUGCUCCCGUUCCAUUCACAAGAGAUGGUAUCAUCUUCAUUAACAGGCACGCCCAUUAUGUUCUUGGAAGUACUCCUCUUAGUCUACUGUGGAAAGAUUCCAUAUGUAGCGAAUACCCUGUGGAUACAGACAGUAAAGGCAACGUCCCUCAAUAUCAACAGGUCGUUCUUGUCCUUGGAGAUGAUGGUUCGCUAGCCACAAGUGAUGAUCCACCUGUGGUUUUGGGUACCAUGCCACGCCAAUUCCUGGAACAGCAUGAUCAGCACCUGAAACCUGGAACAUGCCUGCGAUUUAACGUUGGUGACCAAGGACUUAGGAUUGUGGAUGGAAAACCACUGUUUGCGGACAUCCACUUUCAAGGAGGUGCAGGCCGCAAUAAAAUUGCUGAUACUAGUAACAAGAUAUUGUACCAGUAUGCAGCAAGGCGGGAUCCUUUGACCAUAUCAAACUUAGUUGCAGCCGUGGAAUCUACUGACGAUGAAGGAGACUUCUCCAUGACAGGCUGAAAGCUGAAAGUUGAUUUUAAAACUUCUCUCCUCACGUGGAAAUGGAAUAGGGAAGAUUUUCUAUUUUAUGCACCCGGUCAGAUUUUCCAGCUGACUAGAAGAAAGAUGACACCUUUGGUCAUAGUUUGAACACAGUUAUCCAAUAAAGCGUUAAAAUUUUACGAACUCCACAAGAUACGAGAACCUU